AUGUGGCCCCCACCUCCGGACCUGCUCCUCGCGCCGUUAUUGGCUACCCCUCCGCUGCACGUUUUUUUGGCCAUCCUGUGCGGGGUGCUCUUUGGGCUUCUUGUGCGCAUGACCAUGCCGCGUUUUCCCGGGCUUCGGCUGCUUUCGUAUUUCACCCGCACCGGGGGGGAUUAUAUAGGGAUCGGCGAGGAGACAAAGAUGAGCCUCGUCGUCCGCCGGGACCUGCGGAUGGGGGCGGGGAAGGUCGCCGCGCAGUGCGCGCAUGCCGCGGUCGCCGUCGUUGAGGAGAUCCUCGCGCUGAAGGCCGCCUGCCAUUCAGGGCACGGGAGGGAACUUUAUCAGGAAGAAGAAGAUACGCCGGAGGGAAUCCAGGCAGGUAGAGGCUCACACGCCUGGCUGCGAUGGUAUGCGGCCUGGCGGACGAGCGGGUGCGCGAAAGUUGUCUUACAGUGCGCAGACGAAGCCGGGCUGCGCGAGAUUGCCGCGCGGGCGAAGGCGAAGCGGCUGCCUUUUUACAUCGUCCGUGAUGCCGGGCGGACGCAGGUGGUGGCAGGGAGCGCUACCGUUGUGGCCAUCGGGCCCGGGCCGCGCGGCCUCAUCGACCAAAUCACCGGUGAUUUAAAGCUAUACUAA